UGACUAUGCAGAAGAAAUAGCCGGGAGUGAGUAAGACAGUCAGUUUUCUCUUCCCGGACAGCCAGAUAUUUACCCCGCUGCUUCAAACUACCCACCCACUUUAGUCCCGCUUCUGUCCCGCUUCAGUCCCGGUGGAGUGUCUUGUACGAGCGGAUCUGGAACAGCGGAACCAGCGCUGGGCUUCUGGAUCCACCGAAACAGCUUUUAUUUCAACGGGCUUCUUUCGCUUUACAGAGCCCCGGUACAUGCGAAUGUCGAGAGCGUAGAACUGACUCCCUUUUUUGUAUUAUCAUUAUUAUCGGUGUUGUUUCUUUCCUUAACGAUAAAGGACUGUUGUUGAUGUUCCUCUUAAUAUUAUCAUCGGUUUGAAACUGAAGGGACAAACAUAAAGUUUUGAGUGAGUUUAGAGAGAUUUGCGUAAAGAAGAGAAGAGGGAAGAGGAGAGCGUCCCCCCACAUGAGGGCGAGAUCUGACUGAACUUCAUUCUUCCAUUCACACAAUAUGAAGAAAUGUCUGAGGAGACAGAGUUGGAUGUGAGAGGCGGUGUGGUGUGGAGAGAACGAGAUCGAGAGAGGGCACGCGAGUCCACGGCCAGAGCCAGCAGCAGGAGCAGCAGCAGCGGUGCAGGGGGAGGAGGAGGAGAAGGAGGAAGCUCCAUGCAGUUCAGCACCAGACCGGCUAGUGCCGAGCCGGGCUUCAUGGGGACAUGGACACAGCAGAGCACUGACAGCAACCUCCUCUUCAGAAUGUCCCAGCAGGCCAUCCGCUGUACUCUGGUAAACUGCACAUGUGAGUGUUUCCAGCCUGGAAAAAUCCACCUCCGGACAUGUGACCAGUGCAAGCAUGGAUGGGUCGCGCAUGCUCUAGACAAGCUGAGCACACAGCAUCUCUACCACCCGACGCAGGUGGAGAUUGUACAGUCCAAUGUGGUGUUUGACAUUAGCAGUCUGAUGCUGUAUGGGACUCAGGCAGUACCUGUGAGGUUGAAGAUCCUGCUGGAUCGUCUGUUCAGCGUUCUCAAACAGGAAGAGGUUCUGCACAUCCUCCAUGGCCUGGGCUGGACCCUGAGAGACUAUGUUAGAGGCUACAUACUACAGGAUGCUGCAGGCAAGGUUCUGGACAGAUGGACUAUAAUGUCUCGGGAAGAGGAGAUCAUCACUCUUCAACAGUUUCUGCGCUUUGGUGAAACCAAGUCUAUUGUGGAAUUGAUGGCCAUCCAGGAAAAGGAGGGUCAGGCAGUCACAGUGCCCUCGUCAAAGACUGACACUGGAAUCAGAAAUUUUAUUGAAAGCAACAAUCGCACACGCAGUCCUGGCCUUCUGUCACACCUAGAAAACAACAGCCCCUCUAGCAUUCACCAUUUUGAGAACAUCCCAAACAGUCUGGCCUUCUUGCUGCCCUUCCAGUACAUCAACCCAGUGUCAGCCCCCAUGUUAGGGCUGCCACCAAAUGGACUGACUAUUGAGCAAUCAAGUCACAGAAUGCGAGAACCAAAUCUACCCAAUCAGAGCGAGCCAGUGGAGACCAGUGAAUCUGAAGUGUCCCUCUCACCAUUUCGUAAUGGUCAGAGCCCCAGUCGAGGAACAAUGGGGACCUUACCUAACGCCAUUGAACCUAAGAUAGAACCCAACAGAGCUUCACCCAUCUCUCCAACACCAUCUUCACACCAGUCCCAGCAACCACAAACACCAACACAGCAACCACAGGGGCAGAAACAACAGCAAUCAAGCACUCUGAACAACCACCAGAUUCAUCACCACUUUGAAAAGCAUGAACAAUCGAAAACCAUUACACACUCUUCUUUCUCUUCCAAAAUGCAUCGCAUGCGUCGUAUGGGUGCAACCUCACGUAAGGGCCGUGUCUGCUGUAACUCCUGUGGCAAGACUUUCUAUGAUAAGGGUACUCUAAAGAUCCACUACAAUGCUGUGCAUCUGAAGAUUAAGCACCGAUGUACUAUCGAAGGCUGCAAUAUGGUCUUUAGUUCAUUGAGAAGUCGUAACCGGCAUAGCGCUAAUCCCAAUCCUCGUCUACAUAUGCCCAUGCUAAGGAACAACCGGGACAAGGACCUAAUUCGCUCCAGUUCUGGGACAGCAACACCUGUCAUAUCAAGUGCCAAAAGUGGCUUCAAUCUAACUAGCCCUGGGCGACCACCACUAAGCUUUGCCACCCCUCCUCUUGACCCCAUGAUACAGUCACCCCUGCAGAGCCCUCUUGUUUUCCCUUCCCUGAAGUCUGUGCAGCCAGUGCAACCUGUGCCACCUUUUUAUCGCGCACUGCUCUCUCCCACUGACCUAGUUAGUCCCCCAGUCUCUUUGCCCACCAGUCCAAUUUUGCCUACCACAACCAACAGCACAUCUCUGACAGACCAGCAACAGAUGUUAACUGCUAGCUCCCACAACAUGCAUGUAUCAGAAACAUCAACGUUUUCUCAUCGCCUACUCACAACUCCCAGUACCCAAGAUUCUGUAACUGUCGACCCUAUGCCUAAAAAGAAGCCUCGGAAAUCUAGCAUGCCAGUAAAGAUAGAGAAAGAAAUAAUAGAUGUGGCAGAUGAUUAUGAUGACAAAGAUGAUGAUGAUGAUGAAGAUAGUUGUCAUCAUCACCACCAUCAGCCAUCCAACAUCCAUAACAAUGUCAAUGGCAACUGCAACAACAACAAUAACAGCAGCAGCAGCAGUCAUCACUGUGGGGGUAGUGGACAUCAGUCUCCAUCACACGAUGAAAUGAGUCCCAGUCUAGCCCUUAGAGGCAUGCUCCAUCCUGACCAAGAAGAGUGCAGUGGGAGUCAUGGCAGUAGAGGCCAUGGCGACCUGCGCUGUAUUGACAGCUUUACCUCUGAGGACCAAGAUCAUGAGCGUGAUUUUGAAAAUGAGUCAGAGACAUCUGAAUCCAAGAUGCUCUACCGUGAUGAUCUGAUGGACACUAACGUACAUCAGCCUGCCCUAGACAGAAACCUGGGCAAGGAACAUCAGGGGGAAGAAGAUGAGGGACACCUACGGAAAGAUUUGGAGGAACAAAGCCAUUCCCCACCCUCCCAACACCAGCCUGUUAUCAAAAUCAAAGAGGAGAUCAACGAUCCUACUUAUGACAUGUUCUGCAUGGGUCAAUAUAGCCUUUACAAUGGGGGUAUGGCAGCUGCCGCUGCCGCUGCUGCCAGCAUGGCUGCCUUACAUGAAAGUUUCAUCUCCUCUAUGAGCUAUGAAUCAAGCCCACCAAAAUUCUCUUCUCAGUCCCCUGACGGUGAUCUCUGUUCUAGUUCUGAUCCCAAGAUUUGCUACGUCUGCAAAAAGAGCUUUAAAAGUUCAUACAGUGUCAAACUGCACUACAAAAAUGUGCACCUAAAAGAGAUGCAUGUGUGUACUGUGGCUGGAUGCAAUGCUGCAUUCCCCUCCCGACGGAGCAGAGAUAGACAUAGCUCCAACAUCAACCUGCACCGCAAACUACUGACCAAAGAGCUGGAUGACAUUGUCCUGGAUCCCCAGCUUACAACCAUGCCUAAAGGGCUGCGUGCCGAGUUCCUUUCAACGAUCUAUGCUGACCACCAUCUGGGACUGGAGGGGGUAGAGAAUGCUGGACCACCACGAGACAGAGGACAUGAGGGAAUGAGAUCCCCAGUCACUAAAGAAUAUUCACGCAGCAACGGCUAUUGCCAUGGCCCUAGUGAUGACUACAUGGUGCUGGACCUGAGCACCACCGCCAGUGUACAAUCAAGUGGCAGUGUGCAGUCCUCACAGGAGUCUGAUGAGUGCAGUGAUGAGGGCAUCCUGCUGGAUGACCUGGAGGGUGCUAGUGACAAUGAAGACUACACCCCUAGUACUGUGGCAAAGAAAUUGGCAAGGGAGGGAAAGAGUACAGAGGACGCCAGGAAGGAAGGAAGAGAAGGAGCCACGGAGGAGGGGCUUCUACACUGUGACCCUUCAUUCUCACCAUCCGUCUUAGCAUCCAGUGGAGGUAAUGGCACAGGAGGCAUCCUGUGCACCAUCUGCCACAAACUGUACAGUAAUAAAGGGACCCUUCGAGUGCACUACAAGACUGUCCAUCUGCGUGAAAUGCACAAAUGCAAAAUACCUGGCUGUAACAUGAUGUUUUCUUCCGUGAGAAGCAGAAACAGACAUAGCCAGAACCCCAACCUACACAAAAAUGCCCCCUAUACCACAAUGAUUGACUAGACCUGACAUCCCUCUGCACCACAUUGCCUCAAGUUACAAAUACUCCACACAAUAACACCCUCUCCAUUCCCCAGUAUCAUAAUGCUAUAAAAACAGCAUUAUUUCUCCCCAAACGUCUUUUCAAUAUGAACAAUUAGAGCAGAAUUGUGCCCUUUUGACAUUUUCGUUUUUGGAAGCAAAAUACAUCAUAGAUCUCUCCAUCCCUCACACAAACUUCUCCUCAGUCUUUAAUUUAUGACUCUUGCCUGCAGAAAUGAUAGAGGGGGAAAAAAACACAUUUGUGUAAUGAUAUAUUUUAAAGAAUCCCAUACAAGAGCAUGUUAAGACUGGUUUAAACAUGUAAAUAUUAAUGUUGUGAGGGGCUAUUUGGUGUGAAACAGUUUUAUUGAUGGUUGAUAUUUUCUCUUUUUUGUUCUUUUUUUUAUUUUAUUUUAGUCUAAUACUUUCAUUUUAAAAAGUUAAGCAAGACAAAGUAGCAUCUGCCUAGCUUGAUUCAUCUAUAUUGGCUUUAAGAAUGUUUUACAUUAGAAAAGAAAAAGUAAAAACAUGU